AUGGCCACACAUUCGAGUCCGCUGGAAUCACAUCCACGAUUUACAAAUCCGUGGAAGGAGCAAUCCGACAAAUCAUCACAGCAGAUAGGAGAAGCUCCCGACGGGCGGAUUGCGCAUACACUGACUGCGUGUACCAGGUGCCGACAGCGAAAAUCUAGGUGCGAUCCAGGUAUUCCAAGAUGCUCCCCGUGCGAACGCAGUAACGCCAAAUGCGUAUACUACGAUUCCGCCCGCAAGUGCACCAUACCGAGAACAUACAUUAUCUCCCUGCGUGAAAAGGCUCACAUGUUAGAGAAAGAAUUGGCCGAUCUGGAGAAAGAUAUUCAACAUGCUGCAGAUGCCGAGCUCAUGGUCCGAGAGGCGGGGCGCAUUCGAUUCAAAGAAAAUGAUGAGUCGAGGUACCUUGGGCCAUCCAGCGGUAUCGCAAUUACUCGUUUGGUCAUGGAGAUGGCCAAGCAGAACACAGACUCAAAAAGCAUCAAAGAUGUUGUUCCUGAGUUCACAGCACAGGAGAUCAAAGCAGCAUUUGCGCUAGAAAGCUCUAAACCGACAUCGAAAGUUUACCCCAUGAUCAGCUCAAUCCCUCAGCCUAAUUUACCCCCGCGUAAUCUGACUUAUCGACUGAUUGAUGUAUUUGUAGUCAAGGCGCAAGCGAUGCUGCCGACCCUGCACGAGCCUUCUUUUCGCCAGGAGGUUGAACAGGUCUUCAAUGGCUUUGAUGACCCUUGCCUCAAUUUCCAACUCCGCAUGGUCAUCGCCAUCAGCAUGCAAAAAAUGAGCACCGAGUAUGCAGGACUGGCUGACAGUUACUACUUGGCAGCACUGCCAUAUUUAGAGGCAUCCCUUAGGCGAAUGGAUCUUAGGGCUCUGCAAUGCCUCGUCCUCAUAGCCCAAUACUCUAUGCUGACGCCCACAAGAACGGCUGCGUACUGGGUUGUCGGGAUGGCGGUCAAACUCUGUCAAGACCUCGGCCUGAGCGAAGAAGCGACAGUUACCAAGUCGCCGGAUGGGCGGCCAUUGGACCCGUUGGAGGUUGACAUGCGAAGACGGUUAUUCUGGAUUGUCACCUCGAUGGAACUCGGCCUCGCGCAUAGUCUUGGUCGGCCAAGUUGCUAUUCCAUCCCCCAUGAUUAUAUCAACGUCAAAUUCUUCGAACUUGUGGACGAUCGAUACAUCACAGCCGAUGGAAUUCUUCCAGGAGGCACACCAAUCUUAGCCAAGUGCAUAGCCAUCCACUUUUUCAAGAUGAGAUUGCUACAGUUAGAGAUACGGCGAACUCUGUAUUUGAACAAGCGUGACACCCCUGCGAAUGAUCAAGACCCGUGGUUCUCGCAGAUGCUAGCCAAGCUUGACCACUGGGUGGCUUCUUGUCCUAAGAACGAUGGCGGUAGCGGAUUGAGCGAAAAAUGGUUUCAUGGCAGACGGAAUACGAUGAUCGUCUUCAUGUUCCGACCAUCCCCUCAAGUUCCCGAACCCUCUGUUGAGGCUGCACGAAAAUGCUAUGAAGCGUCGGUGUUCAAUGUUGCAAUGCAACGAGAGCAAAUCGCCACUAGGUCUGUUGAUUUGACCUGGAUUUUCACACAAUCACUCUUUAUGGCGCUCAAUACCAUUCUCUGGUCCCUAUCGUACCCCGAUAUUCGAAGGGAGCAUCCCAUAGAGGAGGUCAGGGCUCAUCUCGACGUCGCUUUGGAAGCGAUGAUGCUUGCUGCGGAGAGGUGGCCCGGGGUUGAGUCCGCUUUGCUGCUGUACAAAAAUCUUGUGACUGCAUGCCUCAAGGCUUAUAAUACUGAUGAGUCGUUUGUCGUUCAUUCGCCCUCUAACCAUGCAACACCGUCGUCUACGCAGGACGUGAUGACUCCGCCUUCCAUUUCCAGCCCUUCUAGUACGACAACUUCAUUCCGAGCUGGAAAUCAUUCAAUUCAUGACACUGUGUCAGUCGGCACUGUCUCAAGAGGACACUCCGCGGACCCGACUUUCCCAUACUCACAAGCGUCUCCGGCUGCAGCCGUGAGAGCCGAGUCACAAAAGCCUCCAUCCUACUCACAUUGGGAGACUGAACCCCCUCCAUUGCAACCGUCCGACUCGAAUUCUACGCAGGCCUCAUACACACCUCAGGGGUACACCGAGUCAUCCACCGUAUUCUCCGAUGUCCCUUUCAAUCCCACAACACCAUUUAAUUCAUUUCCUUCAGUAGUUCCGGGGUUGCCCGGUUGGGAUCCUAAUUUCACUGUUGCCUCGACGACAGCGAGCCAUUUGACCCACGUUGAUGCUGCCGUUGACCCAAUGCGCUGGAUGGACACGAUCGAUGAUCAAUAUUCUCAGUAUUUCAAUGGAGCUUAUCCCAUUCCACCAUGGCGAGGAAGGACGCUCAGUCAGCAAGAGCAGAUUGAGCUUAUGGCAUCAUUGGAGGAAAAUAUCCCCGACGUCUCCGCACAACUUGUGAGAGAGUCGGCCACAUUUUAUCAGUCAUGA